AUGGUUACCUCCUGGCAAGAGGGACAUCUACUUCCAAAGGGUAUGAAUAUCUUGUUGUCUACUUUUGCUAUGCAUCGAUGUGAAGAGUAUUUUCCAGAACCUCUCAAGUUUAUUCCAGAAAGAUUUGAAGACGCAAAAUUAACAAAUCCAUACGUAUACACUCCUUUCAGUGCUGGUCCGAGAAAUUGCAUAGGUCAAAAAUUUGCAAUACUAGAAGUCAAAAGUACGCUAUCGAAAAUUUUAAGAAAUUUUGAAUUAAUGCCAGCAACCCCUGUUCAUGAAUUACAGCUAGCACCGGAGACUAUAUUAGUCUCCAAAAAUGGAAUUCGAAUAUCCAUUAAAGAACGAAGCUAA